AGGCCCAGCCACAGCCACCAUGACCUGGGAGCUGCACCUGCUGCUUCUGCUGGGGCUGGGCCUUGGGUCCCAGGAAGCCCUACCACCACCCUGUGAGAGCCAGAUUUACUGCCAAGGGGAGCUCCUGCACCAAGUUCAGAUGGCCAAGCUCUACCAAGAUGACAAGCAGUUUGUGGACAUGCCACUGACCACAACUCCAGACCAAGUCCUGCAGAGUUUCAGCAAGCUGGCUGUUGCCUACAACUACAGCAUCCCCAGGGAACAGCUGCAGGAGUUUGUCAAGCAGCACUUCCAGGCCAUGGGACAGGAGCUGCAGCCCUGGAUCCCUGAGGACUGGAAAGACAGCCCCCAGUUCCUGCAGAAGAUCUCAGAUGCCAAGCUGCGUGUCUGGGCGGAGCAGCUGCACCAGAUCUGGAAGAAUCUGGGAAAGAAGAUGAAGCCAGAAGUUCUUAGUCACCCUGAAAGGUUCUCUCUGAUCUACUCAAAACACCCCUUCAUUGUGCCUGGUGGCCGUUUUGUUGAAUUCUACUAUUGGGACUCCUACUGGGUCAUGGAGGGUCUGCUUCUCUCAGAGAUGGCCUCAACAGUGAAGGGCAUGCUGCAGAACUUCCUGGACCUGGUGAAUACCUACAGGCAUAUCCCCAAUGGUGGACGUGUAUACUACCUUCAGCGGAGCCAACCCCCACUCCUGACUCUCAUGAUGAACCUAUAUGUGACUCACACCAAGAACAAUACCUUCCUGCAGGAGAAUAUCAAGACCUUAGCCUUGGAAUUGGACUUCUGGACUCUGGAAAGAACUGUCCCUGUGAGAUCAGGGGGAAAGAGCUACAUCCUGAACCGCUAUUAUGUCCCUUAUGGGGGACCCAGGCCAGAGUCCUACAGCAAAGAUGUGGAAGUGGCAGACACCUUGCCAGAAGAGGACCGAGAGACUCUGUGGGCUGAGCUCAAGGCUGGGGCCGAGUCUGGCUGGGACUUCUCUUCACGCUGGUUUGUCGGAGGCCCAAACCCCAACUUGCUCAGUAGCAUCCGAACCAGCAAAAUGGUUCCUGUUGACCUGAAUGCCUUCCUGUGCCAAGCAGAGGAACUGAUGAGUAACUUCUACUCCAAACUGGGGAACGAAACCGAGGCCACAAAGUUCAGAAACCUGCGGGCCCAGCGCUUGGCCGCCAUGGAAGCUAUCUUGUGGGAUGAACAGAAAGGUGCCUGGUUCGAUUAUGACUUGGAAACAGGGAAGAAGAACCUAGAAUUUUACCCAUCCAACCUUACUCCACUCUGGGCUGGCUGUUUCUCUGACCCUAGUGUUGCUGACAAGGCUCUGAAAUACUUGGAGGACAGCAAGAUCUUGACCUAUCAACAUGGAAUUCCAACCUCUCUCCAAAACACAGGCCAACAGUGGGAUUUUCCAAAUGCUUGGGCCCCCCUACAGGACCUGGUCAUCAGAGGCUUGGCCAAGUCAGCUUCCUCCCGGACUCAGGAGGUGGCUUUCCAGCUGGCCCAGAAUUGGAUCAAAACCAACUUUGAUGUCUACUCCGAAAAGUCAGCCAUGUAUGAGAAGUAUGACAUCAGCAAUGGUGGACGUCCAGGUGGUGGAGGGGAGUAUGAAGUUCAGGAAGGAUUUGGCUGGACCAAUGGAGUGGCCCUGAUGCUCCUGGACCGCUAUGGGGACCGGCUAACCUCAGGGACCAAGUUGGCUCUCCUGGGACCUCACUGCCUGGUGGCUGCCCUUUUACUGAGCCUUCUGCCCAGCUUUCUGCCUUGGUGACCACG